AGACUAACCCUCCUCCCCCCUUCUCCACUCCAUCCUCCCGCUCAUCCAGUCCUUCCACCUGCCGGCCUUGGGAGAGCCCCGGCGUCCUGAGCCCCCCGCGCUUCUCCGGGGAGGGGGAAGGGGCGUGUGUGUGUUUGUGUGUGUGUGUGUGUGUGUGUGUGUGUGUGUGUGUGGAGUGUGUGUGAGCUAGUGUUUGCACGGCGGCGGCACUAGGGAGGACCCUCCAUCUCCCCCCGCCCCCCAGGCCCCACCAUGCUCCAGCCGGCCACCAAGCGCUGCUUCACCAUCGAAUCCCUGGUGGCCAAAGAGGGCGGGGGCGCUCAGCACGUAGCCGGGCCCGGCGCCCUAGGGUACCCGGCCUCGGUGGGCACGGCCGCCCCGACCUUCGCCCCCGGGGGCUUCCCGGGCCCGGGCCGCCCUCUGUACCCCGGCCCGGAGCUGGCAUUCCCCGAUGCCCUGGGCCCGCCGCCCCUGGCCGUCCACCCGGUGCACCAGCUGGGUGCCACCCCCCUGCAGCCCCCGCCCUCCUUCUUCGGGGCCCAGCCCCGGGACCCCCUCAACUUCUACCCCUGGGUCCUCCGGAACCGCUUCUUCGGGCACCGCUUUCAGGGCGAUCGCCAGGGAUUAUUUGGCGGGAAUUAUCCGCGUUGUCGAUGCCGGCUCAAUUUACCCUCUCGGCGUCAUCCCCGGCCACCGGGAUCCCCGCUGGAAGCGGGGACAGAGGAAGCGAGGGCUCUCAGGAUGCCUUGCUCCUUCAUGGACCUUUCGCCCGCAAACCGAAGAGAAUCCGCACGGCCUUCUCACCCUCGCAGCUGCUGCGCCUGGAGCGGGCUUUCGAGAAGAACCACUACGUGGUGGGAGCGGAGCGUAAACAGUUGGCCGGCAGUCUCAGCCUCUCCGAGACGCAGGUGAAAGUGUGGUUCCAGAACCGGCGGACGAAGUACAAACGGCAGAAGCUGGAGGAGGAAGGGCCCGAGGCUGACCAG